CACAAGUACGAGCUGUAUAUAUAUACCUCUUUCUAGACGCUCACGGUUAGAAGCCAGUAACUGGGUCGUGGAUGCUACUAAACUUUUAAAGAAUUACAACCACCGGAUACACUCAAGAGGAGGAAAGGGCAAGAUUUGUUCGUGUUAAAACUUUUGUUGUUGUUUAUGUGCGUGUUUUUCUCUCUCUAAACCGCCUAACCGGAACAAAGGACUCGCGCUUCAAAGUUUAUUUUGUGCCUUUUGGAAAAACGCCGUUUCUCACAGCAACCCACACUUCUCGUACAAGCUUUAUGUAUUUGGAUUUAAUAUUUCUAUCUCAGCGUCCUACUAUGGUCAUAAUGGAGGUCCCCACCAUCGACUGUGCGUCCCUCCGUGGUUUGUUGGACGGCGAUGGCCGGGGCUGCCUGCUGCUGGACUGCCGCUCCUUCCUGUCCUUCAACUCGUCCCACAUAUCGGGCUCCACCAAUGUGCGCUUCAGCACCAUAGUACGGAGGAGAGCCAGGGGGGGAUUGGGACUCGAGCACAUUGUCCCCAACGAGGACACCAGGAACCGGCUCCUGUCCGGGGAGUACCAAUCUGUGGUGCUGCUUGACGAUCGCAGCUCGGACUUGAGCCAAGCGAAGAAAGACGGGACGUUGAUGCUUGCUGUUACGGCCCUGUGCCGCGAACCCUGUGGAGCCAGUGUUUUUGUUCUUAAAGGCGGAUUUGACACAUUUUCAACAGAGUAUCCAGACAUGUGUACCAAACCCUGUCCACCCCAGGGGCUCAGUCUGCCGCUGAGCUCCAACCAUCCUGGGAGUGCAGACCCAAGCUGUAGCCCAUGCAAUACUCCUUUGUAUGACCAGGGGGGUCCUGUGGAGAUCUUGCCUUUCCUGUACCUUGGCAGUGCUUACCAUGCAUCCAGAAAAGACAUGCUAGACAUGCUGGGGAUCACUGCUCUAAUCAACGUCUCAGCCAACUGCCCCAACCACUUUGAAGAUUCCUUCCUCUACAAGAGCAUCCCUGUUGAGGACAACCACAAAGCCAAUAUUAGCUCCUGGUUCAAUGAGGCGAUAGAGUUUAUUGAUUCAGUGAGAAAUAAAGGAGGGCGUGUGUUUGUGCACUGUCAAGCAGGCAUCUCCCGCUCGGCCACCAUUUGCCUUGCCUAUCUCAUGCGAACCAACCGUGUGAAGCUGGACGAGGCCUUUGAGUUUGUCAAGCAGCGCCGCAGCAUCAUCUCCCCCAACUUCAGCUUCAUGGGUCAGCUGCUCCAGUUCGAGUCCCAGGUCCUAGCCUCAUCUAGUUGCUCGUCAGAGGCGAGUAGUCCAGCUAUCAGCAGCAGCAGCACGGUCUUCAAUUUCCCCGUCUCCAUCCCUGUGCACACCUCAACUGGUCAGCUCUCAUUCCUCCACAGUCCCAUCACCACCUCUCCCAGCUGCUGAGGAAGGUGCCGUUCACAUUUGAACUACUCCUACUCACAAGUGACUCUGCACCAAACACAGUCUUGAUUAGGACCCAUUUUAUGGUGAUACAGGUAUCGCUGUACACAGUGGGAACUGUUAUUUGGGGUCAGUUUAUUUGACUCUGUGAUCUGCUGACCUCAUCAUUUUAAGGGGAGAUGUGAUUACUACCGUCAGGCAGUAUUGAUGUUUAACAUAAAUGUGAAAGUCAUCCAUGCUUUUAAUCCUAGAUGACCUAGGAAACAGCUGAAGAGAUAGCUGAGCUCCUGUAGAGGAAGUUAGAAGUAUCUGAAUAUUCUUUAUUCAGAGGACUUUUUCAUGAAGUCAACAGCUUUUGAUAAUCACAACCAUUUUUAAUCUAAACAAAAUGUAGAGGGCUAGCAGCUGUCCCCGGGAGUGCUGGCCUAUCCUCUCAGAUGUCCAUUUUUCUUUCUGUGCUAAAGAGAGCAGUGUAAACCUGUCGCCCAGCGUCCCAUAGAAGUCACCCCUUGCAUUUGACGAACAAUGAAUGUAUCCCCUUCUUUCAGUGUAGACGUGACGGAAAUCUCCAUGUUCAGUUUGAGAUUUGAAUGGGGGUGGUUGUCGAUUCAAAUGCAAAUACCUGCCUUUCAAGACAUCAUGAAACCCUGACGAAGCUGACACACUGGGGAAACCGACCAUUAAAUACCUCAUGUUUCUGUACUGUGUACUGCAGCACUGAGGCGGACAGAGUCCCAGAACUACAAAACUGGGGCCAUCUAGUCCUCAGUGACUGCAUCCUGACAUAUUUAUUGAACUAAAGUAAUAUAUUUCUUUAUAUCUAUUUUUACAUGUUUUUAUACUGUUGAAUAAAUCACAUUUGAAUUUUAUACUC